GAUGUCAACUAACUUGGACGAUGCUAUUCUCUGAAUAAAGUGAUUGUGAACAAUGCUAAGGACCGCGGACACAUUGUCCUCAUCGGCACCUCAGUGCUGAAAGUGGCUCGUUGUUGUCGUCGUCGUUGAGAUCCCUACGUGAAGGUGCAGCUGGCUCUGGACAAGCGCAAGUGGAAGAAGAAGAAGACGUCCAUCAAGAAAAACACGCUCAACCCGUACUACAAUGAGGCCUUUUCCUUCAAAGUCACCAUGGAGCAAAUUCAGCGUGUCAACAUGGUGAUCUCGGUGUGGGACCACGACCCCAUGACACCCAACGACUCAACGGGCAAGAUCUUCCUGGGCUGCGACGCCGCGGGCAACCAGCUGAGGCACUGGGCCGACAUGCUGGCUAACCCGCGCCGGCCCGUGGCGCAGUGGCACGCGCUGCUGUCGGCGCAGCAGGUCAACGCCGCCCUCGCCCUCAAGAAGAAAAUACCGCUCGCCAACAACUUGCCCUUCGCCAAUAACUUGCCCUUCUGACCACUCCCGCGCGCACGGGAGGGAUGGCGUUAGGGGCCCUCUGGAGUCUUGGACCGACCCUGACAGAGGUACAAACAAAAC